AUGCCUCCAAAACGAAACGUCGAAGACGAAAGUGAGGGCGCUCCAGGACGAUCCAAACGCCUGCAACUUGCCAGAGACGAUUCGGUCCUCGCAGCGGGCGCCAGUAAUCUUAGACUCAGUUCCGGUUCUGGUGAUAGUUAUGACUUGGACAACCUCCCUUCUUCGGCUUCUCUGUUCAAGAACUCCCACAUUGAGGUAUUGAGAGUGAGAGUCAACCCAGCAUCUGCUGAGAGCGAUGUUAUACCAACAGUUGAAGACACAAGUAUUCCAGAAGAAUAUAUUUUUCCCAGUAUCAACCGUGAAAUGCUCGAACAUCCGAGAUUCAAUGUUAAGAAUAUUGGUGGGGAUAAGAACGUUCGCACAUUCUUUGCGAACUUGCAUGAUGUCGUGCAGAAUGGCAUGCAGGUGGUGGGUACCGACGAAACUUUCACUGAUACGCUUGUGGACGGUCUACUGCGCAUCGCUGAGCUGGAUGGCUGGCCAUUAAGGAUCAGAAAUCAUCCCUUCUGCAUAUUAGAUGUUGCAGAUUCCCAUGUAUCGUCAGACCCUGAAUUUGUAGUAAGGAAAAGAAACAUCUUUGUCGUGGUGGCAGAGGACAAACAUUUGAGAAACGUCAGACCAAACAAUGGAUUUGGAGAAUCCCAGAUCAGUGCGGAGAUUCUCGCUUGUGCAAAUGAAAAUAUACGUAAUGAGGGAUAUCGAUAUUGUGAUCAGACGUUACGGGCCAUUCGCACAAUUUCUCAUUAUGUUACGUUUUAUAAGGCCGAUAUUCCUGCCGCGUAUUGGAGAGAACUUGAAGAUGGCGUGCCACAAAGUCAGUCUGUUGAGGUUCAAAGAUGGCCGCGUGAGAAUACUUUGUCGUCCG